AUGACCAAUUCUGCCAAAUACGGGGUGAAUGGAAAAUGGCCAUCAACGGUGGCGGUCAGAACCCACUUUCCGUCGCUGGUGCACCGAAAUUACGAGUCCGAGAAAGAAGCGCUGGAGCUCAAGUUCAAGCCUGAGUCUCAUGGACAGAAGCUGGAGCUUUUCUCAGCGGGGUACAUUGACGGCCAUUGUAAGGGAGUUAUGGUACAAGGAGUCUUUGCCCUUUUGGACUACUUGGGUGUGGGACCAGCAGACAUCUCUCACGAUGAAGAGAUGCUGAACCUUGUAGCUUCACUGAAGUACCUCCGUGCAAACUAUACCCAGUUUGCCACCCAAGAGCAAUGCAUCUAUGAAGCUCUUAGUCAGAAGCUUACCAAAUUCACAUGUAAGGGCAGAACGCGCCAGGAAGCAGUCCGCAUGAAGCGCCUGACGAGCAAGGGAACUGCAGUCCGAGAUCUUUUGUUUUCUGCAAUAGCGGAAUACAACCGGCUACAAACCACCAAGACGGUGACACCUGAAGCUACCAUGCUCUGGGCUCAGCGCUCCUGGAAGGACCACUGCAAGAAAGCGCCGGCAGAUGCCAAACUGCAACCGUGGCUGGCUGAGACCCUGACAGGUCUCAACAAUGGGAUGAGGACUGAGAUCAAGGCUGAAGACGAGGACGGUGACAAUGCCGAUGGAGACACAGCUGGAGACGCCGAACCCGAGGGCGAGAUCGAUUCCGAUGAUGAGAACUCCAAGAACAAUGCAAGCGGCGGAGAUGCGUUGCUGCGCGAUUUCAACUACAGGGUUGAAAGCUUCUGCCCUGCGCAGUACUGCGGCGGCAUGAACUUCAUUGCUAAGCUGGUGGAGGGCUUGCAGCCUGGGGCAACGGAGGUUCCGCUUGUCCUCAUUGACGCAAUGGGCUUUGAUGGAUGGCCAGGAAAGAAGAUUGCUUGCGCCACCAUCUGUCACACCAAUGCCGACGCAAGCUUUGUCUCAUCCACCUUGGCUGGAAAAGUGUUCAGCAUGGCGCGCAGCAAUGAGCUGAACAUCGCGGCCUUUCCCAACUUUAGUUCAGCGAUGGCUGAAAUCAAGCAGUUCCAACGGUCGCCGCAGCCAGACUAUCAAGUCUGUGUGUGCCUGGGCGAUGGCAGCCUCAUCGUGAGAGAGUCACUCAUUCAGUUUUGGUCGAAGAAGCACACAAGCUUUUUAGAGCAGCUGACCAACUUGGUGGACGACCACAACAAGGAGUUCAACCCGAAAGGGUUGAAGCGUGGAGCUGAACCCAACAAUGAGGAAACCAAUGAGGAAGUUGCUGAAACACCCAAAAAGCGUCUUCGAUUGACCACGGCCAAGACCUAUGCAGAGUUGGAAGCCGCCUUCCCGGAGAGGACUGACCUCACCUGUGGGCAGUUCACACUCACCCUUUGCGACAGCGAUGCAUCUUUGUGGGUUGGGUCUGGGAAGGCUUUUGAGGUAGAGCCGAACACUGAAGUCUUUGGCUUUGGAUCCGGCGAUUUCUUGAAGGGAAGCCAGUGCAAUGAUGUGACCUCGGAUGUUUCUGCCGAGGGGCGUUGGCUGUUGUUUGCUCUGAGCGACGCGAACGACUUGGUUGUUUUAGAAAAGCAACGAACGCCUCAGACGCAGCACUUGGAAUCCCUUACUUUCUGGAACAAGGUUAUGCCCCUUAAUGAGUUGCUCAAGGUGCUGGAAGACAACGGGGAGGUCAACUACCAGGUUGCGGAACAUGAGCUCACCAAGGAUGCUGCUGGCAAUUUCAGCAUUAAGCCACUAUCAUCUGUGUGCUUUGUACUUGAUGCACUGAAGCCCAAGAAGAAGAAAGCUAAGGUUGCCAGCGCCAUGACAUUUGGAGCAAAAGUCAAUUUUGCUAAGCUUCGGGGGUCCAGCAACAUUCGUAUCAUUUGGAGGCUGAGGCGCUUUACUUGA